GGUUGUAGGUGGAGUUACUAUCAGUUGCGUCUACACCCAUAGCGAGAUAGGUGUCUGUCGAUCGGGCUACAUUCAAAUCUCGCCAAAAUGUUGAGAAAAGUGACUCUUUUUUGUGUGAUAUAUGUAAUUUGUGUUGCCGAUUAUGCCGUACUGGGUCAUCCAGAUAACAGUGGCCUCGGCAGUACCGUGUCUCACUUCGAAUCGCAGGUUGCGAUGCUCUGCGAUGCGGGCCCUCACGGGGAACAAGAGGCGUACCAUCCUAAGUACAUGAACGAGCAAGGUCAGUGGAUAUCUGAUCUGAACUCGAAGGUUUCCUGCUUCAAGGAUAAGAUGGACAUCUUAUCAUACUGCAAGAAGAUAUAUCCAAAGAGGGAUAUUACUAAUAUAGUCGAAAGCAGUCAUUAUUUGAAAAUUGGCUCGUGGUGCAAAGUAGGCUCGGCUGCUUCACAGGGCAAUGGAAAAUGUAAAACAGCACGAUGGGUGAAACCCUUCAGAUGCUUAGAGGGACCAUUUCAGUCAGAUGCUCUACUUGUACCAGAAAACUGCCUUUUCGACCACAUCCACAACCAAAGUAACUGCUGGACAUUCGGCAGGUGGAAUGCAACAGCAGGAAGUGCCUGCCAAGAAAGAGGUCUUCAGUUGAGGUCGUUCGCAAUGUUGCUUCCUUGUGGUAUUUCGCUUUUUAGCGGAGUUGAAUUCGUCUGUUGUCCAAAACACUUCGUUGAUAACAUAAAGAGUAAGGAUGCCGUCAACCUUUCCAUCCUCAAGAAGGAAUCAGAUAUCCUCGACAACAUCAAUGACGAAGACGAUUCUGAUGAGCUCGAUGAAGAAGACAAAGAUGACAUCAACGACCUGGCAGAUGAGACAGACUUAUCUGAGAAUACUAAUAACUUGCAAGAUGACGAGGACGACGACGAGGAUGAACUGGAUGAAUAUGAUGACGGAGAUUGGGAUACAUUGUCAAGCACUACCGCCAAAUCAAAAUCAACAACUACUUCUACGACCACCUCUACUACAACCACGACACCAGUUUCUGCUCCUGACCCGUACUUCACACAUUUCGACCCAAGGAACGAGCAUCAGAGUUACAAGGAAGCACAGAAACGCCUAGAAGAAACCCAUCGCGAGAAGGUCACCAAGGUGAUGAAGGACUGGUCAGACUUGGAGGAACGCUACCAAGACAUGCGCCAGGGCGAUCCAAGAGGUGCUGAAGACUUCAAACAGAGAAUGACCAGGAGGUUCCAACAAACUGUGCAAGCUUUGGAAGAAGAGGGAGAUGCGGAAAAACAUCAACUCGCUGCGAUGCACCAACAGAGAGUCUUGGCACACAUCAACCAGAGGAAAAAGGAGGCCAUGACUUGCUACACACAAGCUCUCAAUGAGGUCCCUCCAAAUACACACAGAGUUCAGAAAUGCCUUCAAAAAGUCUUACGGGCACUCCACAAAGACAGGGCCCACGCUAUCACCCACUACCGUCAUCUACUCAGCAGCAGUAUUGAAGCUGCCACCAGAGAACAGCCAAGAACAUUGGAACGUCUUCUGGAUAUAGACAGAACGGUCAACCAAAGCAUGCAGAUGCUAAGACGUUAUCCUGCUCUGGCAGCAAAAAUUGAACAGCUGAUGGAUGAUUACAUUCAAGCUCUCAGAUCCAAAGAUGAAACACCGGGUUCUCUUUUGGCCAUGACCACUGAAGCUGAGCAGGCAAUUUUGAAUAAGUAUAAAUAUGAUGUGGCCACCAAGCAGGCUGAGAAGGAAAGACAGAAAAUACAGGAAAAAGAGAGAAAAGAACAGAGGAAAAAAGAACGAAUGGAUCUCAAAGAAGAGAAAAAACGGGUUGAAGGAGUUUUGGGCAAGAAAAUCAGCAAUUUCGAUGACGAGGAUAUGGAAGACGAAUCACUGCCAGAAGACAACAAGUACUCGACAACUACCCAGAUCGUACUCAACAGUACUGUCGACUUGAUAAGCAAUGAUGUUAGCACCAAGCAUAGACAAGUCGACGAUUCUGCCGUCCAACAAGCUGUUGAAGAUGUCGCUGCUGUAGCUCAUAGACAGGAGACAAUUAGGAUUUCUCACUCCAUGACUCACGACAUGAGUCAUGAUGAACCGACCUAUUCCGUUCGCAGAGAAGUAUAUCAUCAGCACGCAAAGAGUGUUGCUUUCACUUUGGUAUUCGCUGGAACGGCUUUGAUAGCAUUGUUCGCGGUGGGCUUCAUUGUUGUGAAAAAACGCUCACAUAGAUCACCGAAAAGCCAAGGGUUUAUCGAAGUGGAUCAAGCUGCCACGCCAGAAGAGAGACACGUGGCCAAUAUGCAAGUCAAUGGUUAUGAGAACCCUACCUAUAAAUAUUUCGAAGUAAAAGAGUAAUAAAGAUACACACAAACAUUCCUUCAUUUCGACUUAGCGGCAUGAGCCUUCGUUUAUUUCGAGCAAUAUUUUGAGAUGUAAAGUACUUCAUUUAAAUAUUGAUUUAAUCAAACUCUUACUGGAGUAUUCGUAAUAUCCCAUCAUGAUAUUAAUUUGAAUAAUGAGUGUGAUAACUGUUAGAGCAGUGUUAGUAUUUUUAACGAUAUACUUAAGUGAUAUUGGAUACUCCAAGAAUCCACGUUGUACUUAAGUUUGGUCACAUGAAUUAAUAACUAGCUUUUCGCCGUUCGAUCCACAAAAUAUCUAGAAAAUUCGACGCCAGGUGCCAUUUAUUGUGGUUUAGAAACAGCGUGUUCCGUGAAAAUGGAACGCAGCUACCAAAAACAUAUUUAUAGCUAGAUGUAUGAUACCCUCCAAUAUUCUUUCAAACCUAGGUAAAACUAAAAAAAUGCAUGUUCAAAACCACCUGCUUUUUGUACAAAGACUUUUUACUUUUCUUACCUAUUUGUAAGGCUUGUUAGAAUCGAGAUUAUAUCCCUUUCACAAUUUUUUCAAGUGUGACUCACAACUUUUACAAUAAUUGGGUGGAACCAGAUUUUUGCAUUCAGUAAUAUUAAUUUGAACAUCUGUUAAGGUGAAGGUCAGCUAAGCUCGUUAGGUGUACAAAGUGAAGUACUCUGAUAUAUCUAGCUAAUCAAUGUAGAUACCAUACUACAUAUAUUGCUAAAUUUAUUGACUGAAUUGUAUGACUAGUUCCAUUCAGUAUAAUUAAAACCGCCCAGAAAAGGAAUUUCCUUUUUUUGUUGUAAUGACAAUUGAUACUAUUAGCUAGGAACCUUCAAAUCAUUAUGUAUAGAUUGACUGUUUUAUAAUAUUUCUUACUUUCACAAUUUUGAAGAUGCAGCUUCUAAUAUAGUCUAGAGUUUUUCGAAAUGUCGUAUCAGGGGUGCCCAUACCUGUCGAUUUCAAACAGAAGUCUUAAUAUGGUGGGUGUUAAAAUAGAAAAUGUUACUCCAUGUUCAGAAAAAAACACGUCCAUCGAGUUUAAUAAAGAGAAAGCAGAUAAAGGACAGAUUAUUGUAAUCUGGUCAAAGUCGAGUGUUUGGGUGCCCCUGAUUUUCAUUGAUGAAUUUCCUGAGAAAUAAAUAUUUUUCCACUGAAUAAAAUAUUCAAAAAAGAUUAUUUCAAAAUGGGGUAAUAUUUAGUAGAUAUCCACAAUAUAUUGUUGAUUCGUGUAAACUCAGUACGUUCAUUUGAUUGUGUUUCUAUCCUAUUCAAGUGUGAAGAAAAUGCAUAAGACAAAAAACCAGUUAUCAUCAUCAUAAAUAUACUUAAGUAUCAUAUAAGCUUCUGAGGCAGUUCCUUCGUUCGCAUUCAUUCAAAAUCGUCAGGAAAUGUGAAAGCGACAUAUGAAGUAGCCGUAUGUUCACCGAAUAGAAUAAAUUAGGCUUGUUUUUGUGGAUGAAACAUUUUUCAUGGAAAGAUGUAUGCUUUUUUCCUUAAAAAUAUGAAUGAUUUUUUUCGAAUCGCAAGAUGACUUGAUAAUAAUGCGUAAUGGAUAAGGUUGGAACCUAUUUACUUACCACAGCUUUAGAUUGAUACAAAAUUAUCAGGGAUCUAAAUAUCAAAAAAUAUCAAUAUAAGGUUCGAUUGCCUUAUGUAGAGUUUCAGCAUUGUCGCCAACAUUCUUGAUCUCUGGUCGUUUUUAGUGUUAAUCAAUUGCAUCGAUCAUAUCUGAAUAUUUUCCAUGCAUUCCUGAAUUUGUUUUCUUCGCAUUGAAUCAUAUUUCAAUUCUUCGAAAACCAUAUCAGAAAAAUGUGUUGUGAAGACCCACGCAGAUUUCCAAUUGAAAUUUUCAGUGCUUAUUCUCAUCACAUAAACGUAUCGGAAAUCAAUUCUGGUUUAUGUUCGGAUGUGGUGAAUGCAAUACAUUAUAAAAGUGAUCCCAAUCAUUGUACUGUAUAUGUUGUUCAUUGUUUCAUUUAAUUAUUCACUCUUUGAGUUCCCAUCAAAUAUAAGGACUCAUUUCUCAAGUAUCUGGAACUGCUUUGUAAAUUUCAAGCGAUCUAUUGAAUGAUUUUUGUGAAUCGAUGGAACAAAAAUCUUUGAGUGGGUCUAGAUACUAGAAUUUCGUUUUUGUGAAUUUUCUAGUAUAUUAUACAAAAGAUGUUGAUUCUUAUUAGAACGUAGACGUAGCAUUUAUGUUUUGUGGCCAUGUAAUUUAAAUUUAAUGUAAUAAAAUAUUAAACUCCUAUUUUAAA